AUAAUCGAACGCUUGACGGUAAUUUCUCUGUCCUAGUUUUCAUUUAGGGUUUUUGCGAGUGAAAUCGAUACGUUUUUCAGUUCAAAAUUUGUUAUUGAUCGUAGGGUUAACUGCAAAUUUGUUCAACCUUAGAUUGCUUAGGGUUAAUUACGUAUUUGUUCUCAAUUCUAUAGUUAACUCCAAACCUUUUAAUCUGAUUUAGAAGAGGUUAAUAUAGGCGUAUUCGAGGUGAGGGUAAUUGGUUUUAGCCGAUUGGGCGUCGAAAUCUGAAUAAUGGCGUUGAAGUUUCUGAACAAGAAAGGAUGGCACACGGGAAGCUUGAGGAACAUAGAAAACGUGUGGAAGGCGGAACAGAAGCAUGAGGCUGAGCAGAAGAAAUUGGAAGAGCUCCGCAAGCAGAUCCAUGAGGAGAGGGAGCGCUCUGAGUUUCGUCUUCUCCAGGAGCAGGCCGGCCUUGUUCCGAAGCAGGAGAGAUUGGACUUCUUGUACGAUUCUGGACUUGCCGUUGGGAAGGGCUCUAGUAGCUCUGCUGGAGGCAGCGGAGGUGGAGGUGGAGGUUUCAAAGCUCUUGAAGAAGCCCUCCCAACGUCCAAGGCUGCCGAUGCUUCUGCUAAGCAGUCUUCUUCUGCCCCAGGAGCCCUCUUUGAGGACAAACCCCACUCGGCAAAUGAUGCCUGGCGCAAGCUCCAUUCUGAUCCCUUACUUUUGAUUCGCCAGCGUGAGCAAGAAGCCCUCGCCCGCAUUAAGAACAACCCUGUCCAGAUGGCCAUCAUUCGCAAAUCUGUUGGAGAAAAGAAACAAAAGGAUAAGUCCCAUGAUCGCAAGGAAAACCAUAAGAAGCACCACCAGACUAGUUCCAAGCAUCGGAAACAUUCUUCAUCCAAGCAGCAUUCAUAUUCUGAAGACGACACUUCUAAGGAGGACAAAAAGAUUAGAAGUCACCAUCGUAAGAGCUCUGAUUAUGAGGGCCACUAUCACAGAACAGAGUCAGACUCAGAAGAUGCAUUGAAGGAAGCAGAAAGUCGAGAGAAGAAUUGCCACACGCAGAAAUACAGAUAUGAUUAUCAAGAUGCUGUCAAGAGGAACCAUGACAAGUCUAAGCAUGAUAAAUAUUCUUCUCACGCUCCAAAAAGUUUUGAUGCAGAUAAAUAUCAAGAAAAAAAUAGGUCUUAUGACUAUAAAGCUACUGCACCUCGGGAUGAUAAACGUCGAAAUGUUGCUUCUAAACUUUCUGAAGAGGAGCAAGCUGCCAGGCUUCGUGAAAUGCAAGAGGAUGCUGAGUUGCAUGAAGAGCAAAGAUGGAAGCGGUUGAAAAAGGCAGAUGAGAAAGAUGCGCGGGAGGAUACAAUGGCCCGCAAAUCUGUUGGAAGAAACUUCUUGGAUGCUGCUCAUAGAAGUGUCUACGGUGCUGAGAAGGGAGGAAGCUUGACAAUAGAAGAGAGCGUCCGUCGCAGAACACAUUAUUCACAAGGCAGGUCUGGAUCAGAAGGAAAUGCUUUUAGACGCUAAUGCUUAUAAUCAUUUCUUCUCUUUGCAUUGCCAAUUCUCAUAAUCCAGGGAUAAAGUAGGGAAAAUAGGAGGCCGGCUUCAAUCAAUGGCUUUAACUGGGUGUAAACCGAAAAGUAAAACUAACCUUGUCUUUUAAGUUGUAGAAGGUGUUAACAAGAAUGUAAUCAGCUUUGUCCAAGUUACAGAACUGUUUCACCGCACCCUUGAGAUAAGCUGCAUAUGACCCCCCUGAAGAAAGGACAAUGGAUGGCAAGUCUCCAGGAAUCGAAACAGGCAUCAGAGAAAUUGGGAGGCCAAGUAUUUCAUGAUAAAUACUAUAGUAUAUAUAGUUAACGGCACACAUUUAAGUGAAAAGGGGGCCUACGAGUAACCCAAAUUGCUUGGCUACAUGGAGAUCCCAAGGCAAUGCAGAAUCAUAAACUAUGCAAUCAAUCGGGUGAGAAGAUUCUGUGUUUCAUAAUGAGCUCAGCUAGGGCCUCUGAACCAGCAGCUUCCAUGCGUUUGAUGUAUUUAUGGCCAUGCCAGCUUGUGCAGGAUCACCUUCAUCACAGCCGUCGGAUAUUGUGUCGAUUUGGACAGAGGAUGAGAGUUCAGGGUUCAUGGACUUGGAGAUGAAGAGGGUAAGGACUAGGGUGGCCUUGAGCACUUGAGAAUUGGAGGAUGGGGUUUAUGUGACCUUGGCCUGGGUAUGGAAUCACCAACGCAUGCCCUCCGUAAGCCUUCUUCUCCAUCGCUAUCUUGUCUUUCUUUCUCUGUUUGACUCCCCUUCGGUGUUUUUAAACUUUUGGAUACGAAAGUGAAGCUUAAGAGGGUCGUUGUCGGGUGUUGCUGAUGUUGUAGACCACAGACCUUUUCCCCUUUUCAUUUUCCUCUUAUUACUUAAAACCAUUACCAACCGAGUAAGAGAAACAUUUUGUUUUCCAAUUUUUAUCUUAAUAACAACGUGAAUCUCAAUUAUUGUAUGCUUUGUGAUA